UUCCAUGGCAAUCCAACCAUGACUUCGAAGAAUGAAUGGUCUUCUGGCCUCUUCGACUGCUUUUCCGAUGCUUCAUCCUGUUGUCUGACAAUUUGGUGUCCAUGCGUUACUUUUGGACGGAUUGCUGAAAUCGUAGACGAGGGUGGAACUACUUGUUGUGAAGGUACAACAUGGUAUCUACUACUCUAUGGGUGUGCACACAUUUGUGCACCCCUCUAUUCUUGUGGCUAUCGAUCCAAGCUAAGGAAUCGAUACUCGUUGGAGUCUACUCCUUGUAACGAUUUCUUGGUGCACUUUUGUUGUGAAAAAUGCGCCUUAUGCCAAGAAUACCGUGAGCUCCAAAAUCGUGGAUUCAACAUGUCAGUUGAAACAAACUCGUGGACUAGCAAUGGCACCCGCUGUGGAGGGAGGCAUGAAGCGCUAGCUUCACAAACAAACCUACUCAUAUCACUAUGAUUAUCAGUAGAUGUCUUGAACUCUGGAUGGUGAUUUGAAGUCAUUUUUUUUAAGGCAAUAAGUGAAAGUACUAGCAUAUAUGGAUGUAAUUUAUCUUUGUGGUUGCGUAGUUCUGCACUGUUUUCAUGAAUGAUGGAAUUUAUCUUUUUGGUAUUGAUGUAUGACUUUGAUGUACUAUUCCACUGUUUUCAUUAACACAAGUUUGUUUUGCUGAUUAAAAAAAAUGUAGAAUUGGGUUAGUCUC